AUGGAGGCCGCGCCCGGGACCCCCCCGCCGCCGCCAUCAGAGUCGCCGCCAUCGCCAUCGCCAUCGCCAUCGCCGCCGCCGCCAUCGCCUUCGCCUCCUCCGUGUUCCCCCGACGCCCGCCCAGGCUCCCCGCACCUCCUCCACCACCGCCUCCCGCUCCCUGACGACAGGGAAGAUGGUGAAUUGGAAGAAGGUGAACUGGAAGAUGAUGGGGUGGAGGAGACCCAGGACACCCCAGGAGGGCAGGAGAGAAGCCGGAAAGAAAAGGGGGAGAAGCACCAUAGUGACUCGGAUGAGGAAAAGUCUCACAGGAGGCUGAAGCGGAAACGGAAGAAAGAGCGGGAGAAGGAGAAGAGGAGGUCGAAGAAGAGGAGGAAAUCCAAACACAAACGCCAUGCUUCUUCCAGCGAUGACUUCUCCGACUUCUCAGAUGACUCGGAUUUCAGCCCUAGUGAGAAGGGGCACCGCAAGUACCGGGAGUACAGCCCCCCUUAUGCUCCGUCCCACCAGCAGUAUCCCCCAUCACACACCACGUCCCUGCCCAAGAAGUCCUACUCCAAGAUGGACAGCAAGGGCUACAGCAUGUAUGAAGACUACGAGAACGAGCAGUAUGGAGAAUAUGAGGGGGACGAGGAGGAGGACAUGGGCAAGGACGACUAUGAUGACUUCACCAAAGAACUGAACCAGUACCGCCGCUCCAAGGAGGGUAGCAGCCGAAGCCGAGGCAGCCGAGGCCGGGGCAGGGGAUAUAGAGGCCGAGGAAGCCGUGGAGGAUCUCGAGGCCGAGGCAUGGGCAGGGGCAGCCGAGGCCGAGGCCGAGGCUCUGUGGGAGGAGACCACCCAGAGGACGAGGAGGACUUCUACGAGGAGGAGAUGGAGUAUGGAGAAAGUGAGGAGCCAAUGGGAGACGACGACUACGAUGAAUACUCCAAGGAGCUGAAUCAGUACCGCCGAUCUAAGGACGGCCGAGGCCGAGGGUUAAGUCGAGGCCGUGGCCGGGGUUCCCGGGGCCGAGGGAAAGGGAUGGGCCGGGGUCGUGGCCGAGGUGGCAGCCGAGGAGGGAUGAACAAGGGUGGAAUGAACGAUGACGAAGACUUCUACGACGAUGACAUGGGUGAUGGCGGUGGGGGCAGCUACCGGAGGAAUGACCAUGACAAGCCCCACCAGCAGUCUGACAAGAAGGGCAAAGUCAUCUGCAAGUACUUUGUGGAAGGGCGGUGCACGUGGGGAGACCACUGUAAUUUUAGCCAUGACAUCGAACUGCCAAAGAAGCGAGAGCUGUGCAAGUUCUACAUCACGGGGUUCUGCGCCCGAGCAGAGCACUGCCCCUACAUGCACGGUGACUUUCCGUGUAAGCUGUACCACACCACUGGGAACUGCAUCAAUGGGGAUGACUGCAUGUUCUCACAUGAUCCUCUAACCGAGGAGACGCGAGAGCUCCUGGAUAAGAUGUUGGCAGAUGAUGCAGAAGCAGGUGCUGAAGACGAGAAGGAAGUUGAGGAACUGAAGAAGCAGGGCAUCAACCCCCUGCCCAAACCACCCCCUGGUGUGGGCCUCCUGCCCACCCCCCCUCGGCCCCCUGGGCCCCAGGCCCCCACCUCUCCCAAUGGCAGGCCCAUGCAGGGUGGCCCCCCGCCGCCACCCCCUCCUCCACCCCCUCCUGCUGGGCCCCCUCAAAUGCCCAUGCCCAUGCACGAGCCGCUGUCCCCACAGCAGCUGCAGCAGCAGCAGGACAUGUACAACAAGAAGAUCCCCUCCCUGUUCGAGAUCGUUGUGCGGCCCACAGGACAGCUGGCUGAGAAGUUGGGUGUGAGGUUCCCUGGACCUGGUGGACCCCCAGGGCCAAUGGGUCCUGGGCCCAACAUGGGACCCCCUGGGCCAAUGGGGGCCCCCAUGCACCCCGACAUGCAUCCAGACAUGCACCCAGACAUGCACCCUGACAUGCAUCCGGACAUGCACCCUGAUAUGCCAAUGGGCCCUGGCAUGAAUCCUGGCCCCCCUGUGGGUCCCAGUGGCCCCUCCAUGAUGCCCUAUGGUCCUGGAGACUCCCCACAUUCUGGAAUGAUGCCCCCCAUCCCACCAGCCCAGAACUUCUAUGAAAAUUUCUACCAGCAGCAGGAGGGCAUGGAGAUGGAGCCAGGCCUCAUUGGGGAUGCAGAGGACUACGGGCACUACGAAGAGCUCCCGGGGCAGCCAGGGGAGCCCCUCUUCCCUGAGCACCCUCUGGAGCCAGACAGCUUCUCUGAGGGAGGGCCCCCAGGCCGGCCAAAGCCGGGCACCGGUGUCCCCGACUUCCUGCCCUCCACCCAGAGGGCUCUGUACCUGAGGAUCCAGCAGAAGCAGCAGGAGGAGGAAGAGAGAGCAAGGAGGCUGGCAGAGAGCAGCAAGCAGGACCGGGAGAAUGAGGAAGGUGAUACCGGAAACUGGUACUCAAGUGACGAGGACGAAGGUGGGAGCAGUGUCACCUCCAUCCUCAAGACCCUGAGGCAGCAGACAUCCAGCCGACCCCCGGCUUCAGUUGGGGAGCUGAGCAGCAGUGGGCUGGGGGAUCCCCGCCUCCAGAAGGUGCACGCUACUGGAGGCCGACUGGCUGACCCCCGCCUCAGCCGGGACCCCAGACUCUCCCGCCAUGCUGAGGCUUCCAGCGGGUCCGGCCCAGGAGACACUGGGCCCUCUGACCCCCGGCUGGCUCGCUCCCUGCCCGCCUCAAAGCCUGAGGGUAGCCUUCAUUCCAGCCCUGCUGGCCCCAGCAGCUCCAAGGGCUCCGGCCCUCCCUCUCAGGAAGAAGAGGAGGGGGAGCGGGCUCUGCGGGAGAAGGCUGUGAACAUUCCCCUGGACCCCCUGCCAGGGCACCCACUGCGGGACCCAAGGUCACAGCUGCAGCAGUUCAGCCACAUCAAGAAGGAUGUGACCCUGAGCAAGCCCAGCUUUGCCCGCACUGUGCUCUGGAAUCCCGAGGACCUGAUCCCUCUGCCCGUCCCCAAGCAGGACAUGGUGCCCCCUGUACCUGCCGCCCUGCAGUCCAUGCCUGCCUUGGACCCCAGGCUGCACCGUUCCAGCCCUGCAGGGCCCCCCAGCGCCCGCCAGCGCCCUGGCACCUCCACAGACCCCAGCACCUCCAGCUCUAACCUGCCUGACUUUGAACUCCUCUCUCGCAUCCUCAAGACUGUUAAUGUUCCUGGCCCCUCUGCAGCCCCCAGCCCAAGUGACAAGCCCAGUGACCCCAGGGUGCGGAAGGCCCCUACCGACCCUCGACUGCAGAAACCAGCAGACUCGGUAGCCUCCUCUCGUGCUGCCAAACCCAGCCCUCCCGAAGGAUCCUCUCCAGCCUCCAGCCCCAAUGGAGGGUCCUCCCCACCAGCCACAGCUCCCUACGACCCCCGAGUGCUGGCAGCUGGAGGCCUCGGCCAGGGCAGUGGCAGUGGGCAGAGCAGUGUGCUGAGUGGCAUCAGCCUCUAUGACCCGAGGACUCCCAACGCAGGUGGCAAAGCCGGGGAGCUGGGUGCUGAUGCAGCUGCCCAGCCCAAGGGCCCUGAGGGUAACGGCAAGAGUGCCGUCUCUAAGACCAAGGAGCCCCCCUUCGUCCGCAAGUCUGCAUUGGAGCAGCCAGAAGCAGGGAAAGCUGUUGCAGAUGGGGGGACAGCCCCAGCCACAGACAGAUACAACAGCUACAACCGACCCCGGUCCAAGGCUGCUGCAGCCUCCGCCGCUGCCACAGUCACUACACCUGCGGAGGGCGCCCCGCCCCAGCCCGGGGUACACAACCUGCCAGUGCCUGCACUCUUUGGGACUGCGAAGCCGGCGCCCAAGACAGGCUCGGGAAGCCCGUUUGCUGGCAACAGCCCGGCCCAAGAGGGCGAGCAGGAUGCAGGGUCCCUGAAAGAUGUUUUUAAAGGCUUCGACCCCACGGCCUCCCCCUUUUGCCAGUAGUGUUCGGAGCCAGCGCUCCUGCCACCCCACCUUUCCAAGGUGAUAUUUAAGGGCACCAGUCAGAGUUGGGAUUGGGGCGAUAGGGAAGGGGCUGGAUGUUCUUUUUUUUUUUUACUUCUGUUUUCCUUGUUUUUAUUUUUGUGUUUUUCCCCCAAAUAGUAUUUCCUUUGAGACAUAAAUUGUACAUAACCAUCUUGGGUGGGUUCUGGUCAGUGCUGCAGGGCUCCUGGGCUUCCCAGAGUGCCAGGCCUGAGCCACAGUGGGUGCUCUGGAGCCUGGGCCUCCCUGGAUGCAGGUGGGGGGCGCCUUCCAGGCAAAGCUUGGGGCUCCCCUCAGGACAAAGGCAACAGUAAGUGUCUGAGAAGGCUCUGAAGGUCACACAUCCUGCACUGCUAGGCAAGGAGGGAAUGGAACCCAGUCCUAGCAUGGCCUGUGAGGAAGCCCUGGCUCUUUAGUGUGAAGCCCAUGCCGGCUGCUUCAGAAGGGAAAAAUUAAAGGUGUCAAAGGAGGUGGCCAAGAAUCCUCAGUGGCACCCUGGUGGCCAUUCCCUGGGCCCACUCUUGUCUCUGAAUUACCACUUACUUGAGCCCCUCUGUCCCUAUCCUCAGCCCCCAGUUGCACCCCAAACCAGGGCCCUCCAGUCUGCACAGGAGCCUGGGGGUGAAGGUGGCCCUAGGGGCAGUGGCCCCUAAUGAGCUCCCCAAGGACCUAGGAUCGUGUUUUCUGUCAGUAUUACCUGUCCUGCCCCGCAUGCCAGGGUCUGCCCUGGCCCUCAGAAGCCACAGUACCCUGUGUGCCUGCACUGCCAACCUCCACCCUGGCAACAGCUCAAGGAUCCGUGGCUGGCCAUUCACAGGCUCCCCUUGGGAGCCCCAGGUGGCCCUUUGACACAGUGUUUGCUCUCUCUGCUUUCUUUGCUCCUCAACCCGUAUUGUAGGGCAGGAGGUACUCACUGGUGUUUGGUUUUCCUCCCUGGCCAACAGGUGUCAGGUUUUAGGGUUUGUAUGCACUUCCUGGAAAGGGGAUAGGGUAGGAGACUAGCUGGUGCAGGGAGGGGGCCAGGACCCCAUUGGGGACAGAAGACUGAAGGUGUGCUGAUUCGGGACGGAGCAGAGAUGACUGCAGCAGCCUCUUUCCCCUACUUGCACCCCGCCUGAGGACUGGCCUUGUCACAGGGCCCCAGGGGAGGCCCAGCCUAUGAGCAUGGCUGGGCUGCUGGGGAGCCCAGGGAACCACUGGCCCCAGAAGGUCUGGUCGCUUGGGGGUCUUUCUGCCUUUUUCUCCUGACCCCACUGCCUGUGUUGCCAUGCUGAAGACCCCGUCUUGUCUGUUCACAGUGAGAUCUGGUUAUCCAGUUGAGGGAUCCCCUCGCUGUACCGCAGCAGAAUCCCCACAAGGCUCCUGGGUCACCCACACCCCAGAGAGAAGAAGCAACUCAGUAAUUUGGGGGCAGAAGCCAGGGUGGAAGCGGCUGGGCUGAGUGCCCUGCAAGCCCAGCCAGAUAGCACCAUGGGGUCAGCAGGCUGAGGUCGGGUUGGUCUGGCAGUCUUCCUGCCUUUUGUGGUGUUUUCUAAAGCAAUCAUCAGUCAGAUUUGUCUUCAGCCACAGACCUGGCCUUGAAGCAGAGGGCUAAGGCCCAUGUUAGGUGUGAGAUAAGGUAGGACACAGUGUGGCAGUGUUUUGGGUUUGGCUUUUUUUCCCCCUCUGAGAACUUUCUUUUGUAAAAGAAAAAGUAAAUACUUUUUUAAAACUGAAAUCUGUGGAUGAAAUAGAAGCUGAAAUGGCUCCUCUUGGAAUAUUCAGCAUCAGAACCUCAUGGGACUAUGAAUUCAUCCAGAAUUCCCUUUUGCCAUCAGGCCAAGCUUUUAAAGAAAAAUUGUUCUCUAACCAGGAUUGUAACAAAAGUGUAAAUACUAUUUCAGAGUUGAAAGUCGAUGGUGCAAAUAUGUAUAUAAUGUACUGUAUUUUUACAAUGAUUGUCGCAUGACUACCCUACCCCCUUUUGUACUCCAUAUCUGUCUUCCAGAAACCUUUCCUGCCUUUUCUCCUGUGUCUCUUAAUCCGAUAAUUGUAUUACUGCCAUUAAAGGAUGCAGUUAUUUUAUUA